AUGAGCGGGUCACCAUCGUCCGUCGGCUCAGAGGCUUUCUCUGUCGUCGCAUUGCUGGUGAUAUCUCUAGUGGUCCUCCUGAUCCUCCGCUAUUAUCUUCCAUUGCGCACGACACCAGCAUACCUUACGGUGCCGAUCUUCUUUGCCCUCGGCAUACCAGCGAGUAUUAUACUCCUUGUGCCUAUAGAUCUUGCGUCUAGUUCUAGGGAUCCCGAUACUGGGAGCAGGGGCAUAUGGUUACCUGAUCGGGUUCUGCUGGUAUCAUGGCGCAUAAGCUAUUGGCUUACGUUCGGGCUAACUUGGUUUAUCCUUCCCAUACUCGAAGAAUAUGCCGAUGCCGGAUACCGAGAUCCUAGGGGCCGGCUCCUCUAUUCCCUCCGCGCCAAUGCCCAGUAUCAGGCCCUCAUAUUCGGGGCCGGCUUUCUCGGGAUGAUAUACUUCUUUAUAUCUUAUGGUGCAUCGCCUACUUCCCUGAAAGGCUUGGUCAUGGCUCUAGCGUAUUGUUGGGGAUUGGUGUUAGCCAUAUACUUGAUGGGCCAUGGCCUUGUCGCGAUACCUCGAAGCUUGUUCCGGAAUGCGAGUAUCAGUGGAAGAUUAAAACGAAUUCAAGCCAAGGCAGCAAAAGUUCACGAGAAGAUGGAAGAUGCAAUUCAAGCCCCGGAAGACUUGGAGGCGCAAGUUGCAGAACUGUCGCAUAGAAAGACUGGGUCUGCAAAUGACUUUAGGGAUUGGAUUGAGGAGCUCGCUGAGGAUUCCCACCUUCCAGAGUCGCGGCCCCGUACUUUGACUCGGCGACUGUCUGCUCCAGUGAUCAACGUGCCAAACGUUGUCACGGAAAGAUAUUUGGCGGAUCUCAGCCGACAACUUGACCGAGCUCGGCAUAGCCGGGCACGAUAUCUUGAUGAAUGGGACCGUAUAUUACAGGCCUCCACGGACACCCAGGCUAUCUUGGACUCCGCUGCUUCGAAACGCAUCGAAAUUGGUGAGGUAUCACCGCACUCUUCGGUCUUCGACCGGUUCACCAUCUUGACGCCAUAUACUCGUUACCUCUACAAAUACUACCUUGUGCCUUAUAUGCAGAUAUUCUUCGGAGUCUUUUUCUCAUUGGCCUCUUUCUGCAUUAUCUGGUCCGAGGUCAUCAAAUCUAUCAACCCUUUUUUCUCCAUAAUCGCGGUCACGGUAGCCCACCACCAAGAAAGCGAGCGGGGCCAGAUUGGUUUUGCCGGCCAAGUUAUUACUUCAUGUUGGAUACUGUACAUGUGUGCCGCGGCCCUCACGUCCCUUACUGAAGUCAAGGUGUGGCGAGGUCGUGCACUUGUAAGGCGCAAUACACACGGUGAGAGCGCAAUGUGGUAUGCCAUGCAAGUUGCGAAGCUCUCUGUGCCUUUGUCUUUCAACUUUAUGACAUUCCUUUUGCCUGAGAUCUACACCAAGACGGUUUUCUUCGAAUUUCUUGGGAAGUAUAUCACACUAACCCGUAUCGGGACAUGGUUCGAUUGGCUGUUUCCAACCUUUAUAUUGAUCCCGGUAUGUGCCACACUUUUCAAUCUCUAUGGGAAAGUGAAGAAUUGUGUUGGGUUCGGAGGUGUAAUAGAUGACGAGGAUGAGGAGAAUGAAAGCGGCUAUGGGACUGGUUCCUGGCGUGAAGGCAGAGAUUUGAUAGAACGAGAGCUACAGGGUCAUUCUUCACUGGGCCGUCUUGGACACGGCGCUGCAGACCGACGUUCGCACGUUCCGAAUAAUCCGAAUAAUAGGACUGCGCCUACUGUCUCUGUUCCACCAGCCGAGAGACAGCGUGCGUUGGGUCAGCCAUCGGCAUCAAGGCCAGGACGCGAUUCCCAACGUCCACCCGCGGAGCCCGAAGACGAGAACUUCUUUGAAGCCUUCGGUCACCGGGUAAGGAAUACCUUUGAAACUGUACAGACGCCGAAUUGGCUUCAGAACGUUGGAGAUGGAUUCAAGCGGCCCAAAUGGAUGGGCGGCGAUGGUGACGGUGCAUCCGAACCCAGGCAGAGCGAGAGUAACAUUACGCGUUGGUUUGGAAGACAGGAAGGACGAGUUAGGUUAUAA